ACUUAGCUCAUUCUUGGUAUGUUGAGUUUUAGGUGGCAGCAGAACACGCAAGUGAUACCCUGGGAUCUGAGAAAACAAAACCUCAAGCAGAGAACAUCCAGGUGCUGGGACCGCCACAUUGCUGAAGGGUGCUUCUGCCUCCCAUGGAAAAAUAUACACAUGUUUAAAGCCAGGCAAGAUUUCCCAAAGGAAAGUAAGCGCAUGACCAGCACAUCUGUGCAGGGCAACAGUGACCAGAGCUUUGCAGAGGAGCUCUGCUACGCCCUCAUCGAUCACCGCGUCCUCGGGAGAAGGCCAUCGGGGAACUCUGCUGAGGAGUACUACGAGAACGUGAUCCCCCAGGCCAAGAAGCCCAGAGGGUCGUUUAGAGAAACCGAGACUGAGUACUCACUUCUCCAUAUGCCUUCUACCCCUAGGCAUCCGCCUUCCCCAGAAGAUGAGUAUGAAGUUCUAGUGCCCGAUAGAAUCUCCUCUCAUACCCUGCAACAUCCACAUCUACAACCAUGCCCUUCUGUAGCUAGGUUUUCCAACUUGUAGGGAAGCAGUUGGACCAACAUUUGUUCCACACUGGCACAUAAAAGCUGGGGUUGGGGAGCUCUGCUUGCCUCUCCCACCCUCACCUCCGCAUACACAAAAUAGCCCUUUCUACAGGGGUCUCUGAAGAGCAUGGUUUAUAAACCAGAGGGCCUCUUAGAUCCUAUUCAACAGUCAACAUCCAAAAAUCAACCAACUAUCCCGAACACCACCCUUAGAGAAGGGAGUGACCGUAUUUGGUUCUUUUUCUUUAAAAAAAAAAAAAAUCUUUAUUGAUUUCAUGGAGAGGAA